AUGAACAAGUCAAAAUUGUUUUUAAUCUCUCCAUCAUAGCUAAUUUCAUAAAGUACAAUAUAGGAUUCUUCCUUAAUCAAUGGCUCAAAUUUCAACGAUUAUGAUCGAUCAGAGGACGGUGAUUCAAUAAUUGAGUAAAAAUUGAAGGUUAAUUAAACAAGCAACCAAAGUUAGAGUCUUAUUGCAGAAAAUAAUCAAAAUGGAGAGAAGGAUGAUAAUCAAAAAUUACCUCAGCUAACUAUGAGCCAAACAUAUGCUAAGCCUUCAAUCGAAGUUGACUUCAUAGAUCCGAUGAAAUACAGAUAUUCAGAUGAUAAGCCUUUUCCAUUAAAGCUCCUCAAUUCCAAUCACAUAUUUGAAGCACUAGAAUUCUUGAAGUAUGAUUACUCUAAGUAUAACAGGAAAAUCUAUGUUUACUUGUUCUGGAUUUACUACUGUAAAAAAUUAAGAGAAAAGCUUAAGACUAAGUAUAUGAAAUUAUUCAUUCUAACUUAGCCACCAAAAGAUGACUUAUUCGAAGUGUUUCCAUUCAUAUUGGGGAAGGCAAUAUACUUAACAAUUGAAAAGCAUUUAAAAAAUGGAAAAUUAAUACUAAAUGGUGAUGAUAUCGAACAGGACCUGUUUUAAUAAGUUCACUAAGAAGUUAAUGGAUUUACAAUGUCAAAGAUUUACUUGACUAAAAAUCUUAGAAAAUAUCUUCAUCCUUAAACCCCUCAAGGAUAUAACACUCAUAGAUAAUCGACAAAUCUUGCACUGUAAAUGGGAGAUGGAUUGCCUAUACAGCCUAACUCUGGUAGAAGAAUACCAAUGAAUCAUCAAACAAGUGGACUAGCUUUAGAUUAAAUAAAUUCUAAGAAACCAUUCUCUAAGAGAACAACAUUAAAUCCUUAAGAUUCAAGUAAAGAAUUAAAUGCUUUUAAGAAUCAGCUUAAGAAGAUUUUGCUAAAUCCUUAGUAAGAUAAGAGGAAAAAUCCAAUAAGAGAUAGUCAAGCAUCUUAAAACAAAGGUGAGUAAAAAAAUUCCCCUUCAAGAAACAAGACUAACUCUUGGCAAUGGUUUGGCUCAACCACUCUAAAUUCAAAUAAUGACUAAUAUUCAAUGAUGAGUAUGACAUCAAGGUAUAAUAAAUUUGAGACCAAUAAACUUUCCCCUAUGUUCACAUCAUUCUACUCUACUAAUUCAUUCACUAAUCCUCUCCCAAAUAAAAAUAUUACUCUUAAGAAACACAUUACUUAGUAAGAUGAUAGACCAGAGUCAAACUUUGAGAUUUUGCUAAGAGCUUAUAAAAAUGAAAAGAUUGAGGAGAUUGAAGAGAUGAAGAGAAACAACAAUUUGCAUUUAUUAAGCAAAGGCAACCUAAGAGCUUUUAAAAAUAUAGCUGGAAAAGAACUCCAAGCAAGAAAUACUACUGAAGUUGUAGUUAAGAGAAAACAGAGAAAAUGGGUAAUUGGAGAGCAGAUCUCAAGUGAUGGAAAUAUUAUGACGUCCCCAGGUUUGUAAAAACUAAUUGAACUGAAGCAUGCUGUCGAUAGAUUACCUACCAACUUCAACUUUGAAAAGAAAAUCCUAAGGUCUAGUGUACCUAAAAGAAUCAUCUAAGAUAUCGGGUCUUAGUAUUCUGAAAUAGCUGACAAACUGCUUCCAGAAUAUAGAGAUAUUCUUCUGUAAGCCUAGAGAGAGAACUAAAUGAUUCAAGAGACUCAAGCUAAAAUGGCAGAUGGAAUUUCAACUGAUAUCAAUGAGAAUGUUCAAAGGAAACUUAUGCAGGAUAAAUAUGAGAAGAAAAUGAGAAUGAUUUUGAAGCGUAAAAAUGAGAGAGAUCUUAGAAGGCAGGUAGAACUCCAAAAAGAAUAAAUUCAGAAGGAGAAAGAGUUGUAGAAAGUUAAUCUCGAUCCACUUGAAAAUUAUCAAGCAAUAAUACCCUCCCCUUAUAUCAAAGAGCAGGAUGUCGAGUUCUGGUUUGAAAAUAUAUUCCAAGAGUAUACAGAUGACAACAAUAAGAAAAAGCAAAAUAUAAACUAUAAACCUGAAAAGAACAAAAAGUAUGAUCCCAAAUAGGCUAGUAUAAGCAUGAACAGUGAUGGAAAGACUAAUCCUUUUGGAAACAAAAGGAAUCAUCAUUACCAUGAUGACUCAAUGAAAUCUAAGGUUGAGAGAAGUUUUAAUGAAUUUUUCUAAAGAUAAGAACUUAAAUUCAACGGAGGUGAGACACCUAGAGAACUCAAAGUGCCUAUUCCUGAUAGCAGUAGGUCAUAGAACUAUUCAAUUGCCUAAGAAGAUAAUAAGAAUCAAGAUGAUGAAUAAAAUGAAUUAUUAUCAAUGUCUGAUAUGUAGAAUGAGAAGGAAGUAAUAAGUCAAUACGAGCAAAAUGAAGAUAUUUAAGAAUGA